UAUAACACAAUAUUCUUAUUCUUAGUAUUUCCCGAAGAUUCACAUCUAAUCUCUGUUGAUAAUGGCUGGUUCCCUAAAACCCUUUCUCCUACUUGUAUCUUUUACGAUGACGGCCGCAAUCGAAUGCCCCUUUGAACCCCUGGAUGACAACUUUGGAGAUGUUAGCGAGCCUGCAUACACUGUGGAGGAACUAGAAGAAAACAUGGAAAAGGUGUUUGAACAAAAGAGCACUUCUUGCACACCCACCGAGAGAGUUUACAGGUCCUACUCCUCUGGAGCUGUCCUCUCUAGUGACCUAACCAAAGCAGCAGGAAAACAUUGCGCCUUUCCGAGCGAAUGUAAGCUCUCUAAAUCUGGGAGCAGUCUUCAAGCAGCAACCUGCACCGAACUGCUGAGGAUCAGAGACGAGAUAACCAGCGGUGGAUACACGGCCACGUGCCGGCAUGAUCAAACCAACUGGAAUGUUGGCCCUCCAGAAAAGAAAGGAUGUGGUGCUGAUGGAGUAUGUACUGAUCCUAAUUACAGCAUCUUUCUUCAGAGGAGACUUUCUCCAGCAGGUCUACGCCGAUCAAGUGUACAAGGACAAUCUCUUCUAAAAGCUGGAAUACAAAUAGACAGCCUGGUAUCCUCUUCUUACGAGCGUUCUAAGAAUUCUGCUAAACAAGUAGGAUACUGGUUUGGGAUCACUGAGGUUAAAGAGGAGCCUCUUCCUUUGGACAACGGUGUACACGGGGCUCAAGAUUACGAGAGGAAGGCUGGAUAUGAACCAAAGACUGAUUCUGAUCGGGGUUCAGAUAUCAAGAAAAUCAUGCGAGUUCGUUUGAGGAAUUGGCUACAAGAGGAUUGGGAACAGCAGACUGAAGGAGGGGUAAGGUUUACUUAUAGCCAUGGAGGUACAAUGGAAAACGCUUUCGGACACUCAUUUGAUGAAGGUGACUGUGCUUGGUCGAAGCCAACAGACAACACUUACGAUCUGAACGAGCCUUUGACUGUGGUUCUAAGCCAAAAGGAAUUUCCAAACGAGAUGAAAGUUGGAACAAAGAAGAUUGACUUGUUUGCGGUGCUGAGCCCAGAGCAGACACAGAAGAUGGCCCAGUGCACCGAGCUGAGAAAGGACUAUGAGGAUAGUAUUUCAUCAUCAGAUACUACGAUUCUAGCAGCUGACAAAGACAAGGAUCUUGAAAUAACAGAAGAUGAAUUUACCAAAUUCUGUGAAAAUUCAGUGGAUACUUCAAGAACAUGCUCUGAUCUAUGGAAGUCUAUCCUUUCGUUGCAAGCAAAGCCGUACUGGCAGAAAAACACAGUUUCCACUAGCUUUUUCAUCGGAGAGCAUGCUUACUUUAACGGGGGGUGGUCUGAAAAGGAGCACAGUUAUGGUGCCUGGCAAUUUCCUUAUCGUGGGACAACACUGGACACAAUCAGACCCACAGUUUCAGAAAUGAAACAAAUCCUAGCCCCUUUGGACGAGCUGAUAAGAGCUGAUCUUAAUGAUAAGGAAACGAAAGCAGUUGUAGACUGUAUCCCACAAGAAAGCACAAUCCAACAGUUCAGCAGCUGUGCUUCCUCUCUGCUGUCCUACAAGCCCAUACCAACCCGCAAUCGACCUGAAGAUGACGUGCAUCUGACAGAUGAUUACCCCAUUCUAGGACAGAAAUACGCCUACCCGACCACAAUAACCAUCACCCCCGUCCCUAACCCUGUGAUGAAACUAGCCAUGUGUUUGGUGGAGAAUAGACACAUCUCAGCAGAGAAGAUGUCCCAGCUAAUGGGUUGUGAAUUAGCCGGGUCAGCAAAUCAGAAGGGUGCAUCUUGCACACCCUCUGAAAAUGGAUACAGGCUCAACUCCGGAUAUCGUCACCAGUUUGUCUUUGUGGUGGUGCUGACAAUUAUCUAUAACAUGUUUUGAGAGCGGGAUAGUCGGAAACAUACUUGUAUUUAGUAGAUAAAAUUUUUCUUUAGAGUAGACUGAGAAGUGAUAUGAUUUUAUAUCUAAGUCGGAAAGGAAAAAUGUCCGAAAUAGUUGUGCUGAUUGCUUAUAUAAUAAUCCUUUAUUUUAUAUUGUUUAUCUUAUCUUAUAUCAUUUAUCUUGGAUUGCAAAUAAAACAUGUUUUUUAAUCAAAUUGUUUGUCUUUACCGUCUGAGGAAUGCAAAUUAUAAAACAAAGGGUUCCUGAUGAUACACAGAGAAACUGAGGAACAUCAAGUUCCAUACAUUUUGUUUUCAGUAUUAUUUUCUGAUUUCUUUUUGCUCCGGAAAUGCUCCACCGUAUGAUGUGUCACGUGUCUGGUGCUCUGGACGAUACUUAUAUCUAAUAUGUAACUUAAAUACUUUAAAAACUACUAUAUACAGAAUAAAACCCCGAUUUACCGUGCCCCGAUUUACCGCAGACCCCGAUUUACCGCGGUUGUUUCCUUUCCCCCAAACUCAGCGGUAAAUCAGGGUUUUACUGUAUUAGGAUUGUCCGCCGUGGUUCAAGUGAUCGGCGGCGGCGUUGACUAAAAUAACAAAGGGGACUUAUCGAAACGAGAUGUUUUCCAUGAAGUGGUUCAGUCACCGGAACCAAGAUGUAAUCACAGAAAAGGAAAUAAGAAUUCACGUAGAUAUUUUCAAUCAAUUCCGCUCAAAUAGCUCUAUAUUAUAUUAGGACGCAAUGAAACUACCGGACCACGAUGUAUGGGGACUUGCCACCCCAUGGCAACAUUAAAAUAUAUCGACUCUGUUACAUCGUUUCCUGUUAAUAUAAAACUCCGUUAC